GGGUCAGGGGAGGGACCAAGGGGCUCCCCUACGGACCCAGCCGCUGCGCCGCGGACUCUAGAAGGUGAUCAUUCCGCUCUCCCGCCCCUCCCCCCCCCCCCCCCACUUAACUUUUUUGUCUCAGCUCGUCGGCCGCCAGGUCUCCUCUCGGCAUAUCCAUCCCCGGCUGUGCCAUCCGCUCGGGGCAUGGGCCCCCCGACAAGGCUCCAGGAGGCGCCGCGGCCUCGCAAGACGUGAGAGGCCCGCUUUGGUAGAUCCCGAGGUUCCGGAGAGCAGCGGAGAGCUCCCAGCCAGCGCCCGCGCGCCCGGCCGGGUGACGGUGAGCGCUGCGCCCUGCGCGGUGCAGAAGGUCCCGGAGCGCCGGAGCCGCUGCUGAAGCGAGUAGCUGGCCCGAGGCGCGCGGCGGAGCAGGCUGUCAUGCCCUAUUGAUCCCCCCCUUACCCCCGCCAAGUAUGUUUGGGCUGGACCAGUUCGAGCCCCAGAUCAACAGCCGGCACGCUGGCCAGGGCGAGGGGAACUUUAAUGAAGCCGGACUGAACAUGAACGCCCACUUUAAGGCUCCUGCUUUCCACGCCGGGCCCCCUCCUGGCCCUGUGGACCCUGCCAUAAGCGCUCUGGGUGAACCCCCGAUCUUGGGUUUGAACAUGGAGCCCUAUGGCUUUCACGCGCGCGGCCACUCCGAGCUGCACGCCGGGGGACUGCAGGCGCAGCCUGUGCAUGGCUUCUUCGGUGGCCAACAGCCUCACCACAGCCAUCCCGGAGGACACCACCCGCACCAGCAUCACCCUCAUUUCGGGGGCAACUUCGGUGGUCCGGACCCAGGUGCCUCGUGUCUGCACGGGGGCCGGCUGCUUGGCUACGGAGGUGCAGCGGGCGGCCUGGGCAACCAGCCGCCCUUCGCAGAGAGUUAUGAGCACAUGGCGGAGAGCCAGGGGCCGGAGGGCUUCGGCCCGCAGCGGCCUGGAAACCUCCCGGACUUCCAUAGUUCGGGCACCUCAGGCCACGCGGUGCCUGCCCCGUGCCUGCCUCUGGACCAGAGCCCUAACCGGGCUGCCUCUUUCCAUGGCCUGCCCGCCUCCAGCGGCUCGGAUUCUCACAGUCUGGAGCCCCGGAGGGUGACGAACCAAGGAGCUGUAGACUCUCUGGAAUACAAUUACCCGGGCGAGCCGCCCUCAGGACAUUUUGACAUGUUUUCUCCCUCUGAAUCUGAAGGGCAGUUGCCACAUUAUACGGCGGGUCGCCAGGUUCCCGGGAGCGCUUUCCCGGGUGCUUCGGCCAUGCCCAGAGCCGCAGGCAUGGUGGGUUUGUCCAAAAUGCACGGCCAGCCACCGCAACCGCCGCCACAACAGCAGCAACCUCAGCACGGAGUGUUCUUCGAGAGGUUUGGCGGGGCCCGAAAGAUGCCUGUGGGUCUGGAGCCUGCAGUGGGUUCCCGGCACCCAUUAAUGCAGCCUCCCCAGCAGGCCCCACCACCCCCGCAGCAACAGCCCCCGCAGCAGCAGCAGCCGCCACCAGGGCUUCUGGUCCGACAAAAUUCUUGCCCUCCUGCCGUCCCUCGGUCCCAGCAGGGCGAGGCUGGCACACCCAGCGGCGGCCUGCAGGACGGGGGCCCCAUGCUGCCUGGUCAGCACGCGCAGUUCGAGUACCCCAUCCACCGGCUAGAGAACCGGAGCAUGCACCCAUAUUCCGAGCCUGUUUUCAGCAUGCAGCACCCCCCUCCGCAGCAGGCACCCAACCAGAGGCUGCAGCAUUUCGAUGCGCCCCCCUACAUGAACGUGGCCAAGAGGCCGCGCUUUGACUUCCCCGGCAGCGCAGGCGUGGACCGUUGCGCCUCGUGGAAUGGCAGCAUGCAUAACGGCGCCCUGGACAACCAACUUUCUCCCUCUGCCUACCCAGGCCUCCCAGGCGAGUUCACACCGCCUGUGCCGGACAGCUUCCCCUCAGGACCGCCCUUGCAGCACCCGGGUCCGGACCACCAGUCUCUGCAGCAGCAACAGCAGCAGCAACAGCAACAACAGCAGCAGCAGCAGCAGCAGCAGCAACGCCAGAAUGCGGCCCUCAUAAUUAAACAGAUGGCGUCUCGGAACCAGCAGCAGCGGUUGCGACAGCCUAACCUGGCCCAGCUAGGCCAUCCCGGGGACGUGGGCCAGGGCGGCCUGGUCCAUGGAGGUUCGGUGAGCGGCAUGGCCCAGACGAACUUUGAACGGGAAGGCAGCAGCGCGGGUGCAGGGCGCCUGGGCGGCUUCGAGCAGCAGGCGCCCCACCUGGCGCAGGAGAGCGCGUGGUUCCAGGGUCCACACCCGCCCGGAGACCUGCUGCCCCGGAGGAUGGGAGGUGCGGGGUUGCCGGCAGACUGUGGCCCGCACGACCCUGGCCUGGCGCCUCCCCCUGCUCCGGGUAGCUCAGGGGUGCUAUUUCGAGGCUCUCUACAGGAGCCUCUGAGGAUGCCGGGGGAAGGCCACGUGCCUGCGCUGGCUUCGCCGGGGCUGCAGUUUGGGGGCAGCUUGGCCAGCCUAGGCCAGUUGCAAUCGCCUGGGGCCGGUGUGGGGCUGCCCAACGCUCCGUCGGAGCGGCGGCCUCCGCCUCCGGACUUCCCUGCACCAGCUCUCGGGGGCCAGCCCGGCUUUCCAUUUGGCUCAGGGAGCCGGCAGGCCACUCCACACAGCGCUCCAGGCGUGAACUCGCCCCCGAAUGCGGGCUCGGGUAGCGGCAGCUCCGGCGCUGGCGGGGGAGCUUACCCGCCACAGCCGGAUUUCCAGCCCAGCCAGCGUAACUCGGCCAGUAAACUGGGCGCGCUGUCGUUGGGGUCCUUCAACAAGCCCAGCUCCAAGGACAACCUGUUCGGCCAGAGCUGCCUGGCUGCUCUCUCCACCGCUUGCCAGAACAUGAUCGCCAGCCUGGGUGCCCCCAACCUCAACGUGACUUUUAAUAAGAAGAACCCACCCGAGGGGAAGAGGAAACUGAGCCAGAACGAGCCCGAUAGCGCGGCCACAGCCGGCAACCCGGGCUCGGAUUACUUCCCUGGAGGGACUACUGGGGCCCCUGGACCCGGAGGCCCUUCCGGGGCCAGUGGUGGCGGUUCCAAAUCCUCAGGGCCGCCUAACCCACCCAUCCAGGGGGAUGGCACCAGUCUCUCCCCCAAUUAUACCCUGGAAUCAACAUCGGGGAACGAUGGCAAGCCUGUCCCUGGGGGCGGUGGCAGGGGAAGGGGACGCAGAAAAAGGGACAGUGGUCACGUGAGCCCUGGGACCUUCUUUGACAAGUACUCCACAGCUCCUGACAGUGGGGGAGCACCAGGGGUGAGCCCUGGGCAGCAGCAGGCACCUAGCUCGGCUGCUGGGGGAAGCUCAGUGAACGAGGCCCGCGGGCCCACGCCCCACGAGAAGGCCCUCACAUCACCUUCUUGGGGAAAGGGAGCCGAGUUGCUCCUUGGGGACCAGCCGGACCUAAUGGCGUCCCUGGACAGCACAGCCAAAUCGGAUGGUAGUUCCCCACACGUGGGUGAGUUCGCUUCUGACGAGGUGAGCACAAGUUAUGCGAACGAGGACGAAGUGUCCUCUAGUUCUGACAACACUACAGCCCUGGCCAAAGCCAGCCGAAGCCCCCUAGUGACCAGCUCACCCAAACUCCCUCCUCGAGGGGUGGGUGCUGGUGAACACGCACCGAAGGCCUCUGCGCUCAGCCUGGGUAUCCUGUCUACCUCUACCUCGACCCCUGACAGCUAUGGUGGGGGCGUGGGCACCGGCCACCCUGGCACUCCAGGCUUGGAGCAGGUCCGGACCCCAACAAGCAGCAGCGGUGCGCCGCCCCCCGACGAGAUCCAUCCCCUGGAGAUCCUCCAGGCCCAGAUCCAGCUGCAGAGACAGCAGUUCAGCAUCUCGGAGGACCAGCCCCUGGGGCUCAAGGGUGGCAAAAAGGUUGAGUGUGCAGUAGGGGCCUCAGGAGCACAGAAUGGUGACAGCGAGCUGGGCAGCUGCUGCUCUGAGGCUGUCAAGAGCGCCAUGAGCACCAUCGACCUGGAUUCUCUGAUGGCAGAACACAGCACCACCUGGUACAUGCCCCCUGACAAGGCCCUGGUGGACGGUGGAGAUGAGGACAAGACGCUGGCGCCCUGGGAGAAGGCCAAGCCCCAGAACCCCAACAACAAAGAAGCCCAUGACCUCCCCACCAACAAGGCCUCCGCCACCCAGCCUGGCAGCCACCUGCAGUGCCUGACAGUCCACUGCACAGAUGGAGACCCCAAGGCCCGCGCCUCCGUACCCACCUGGCGGUCUCUGCACUCCGACAUCUCCAACCGAUUCGGGACAUUUGUGGCCGCCCUGACUUGAGCCAGUGGGAGCCCCUGCCCUACCCACGGCGAGGGCCUCUGUGGCUGAGCAGACUUAAGUUUGUUUGUUUUGUUUUUUUUUUUUUUUGGUCUAGGUUGGUAACUGCUUGGUGGCGCUUGGAAUGGAAAGGGUUCAUUUGCAAGGGGCUGGGGAAGGUGAUAAAAAGGAACCUCAAAAAAUUAUUUUAAAGGAGCCAUGUGCCACAUUGUGACACCAGCGUCAGUCCUCAGCCAACAGCAAACGCUGGCUCAAGCCGUUUUCCUGCUAGAGAACCCCCUGUUUUCUGUACUUGGAGAGUGUUCUAGAAGGCCCUUGCCUCGUUUAAGCCCAGGUGGGGUUACCCCUUUUUCUUAUUCCCUUUGAUCCUUUCCCCAUCCCCCUUCUUAUUCUCCUUUGCUUUGUUCAUCGCCUACUAAGAUGGAGGUCUUGGAGAGUAGUGUUCUGGAGUAUUCCCAGGUGGAAGCCACAGGGUCAUCGCAGUGUUGGCUACUCUCAUUUUCACCAGUUAGGAGACAAGACAACGGGCAGCUCAAGGAACUGCCAGGGACUGAGUUUUCUCCGUUCCCUGAGAACUUGGAGAGGCCCUUAGCCUUCAGCUAGCUUCCAUUCCUGCCCCUGCAACUGUCUGUCUGGUCCCUCCUGGGUUGCGUGCAUGCCUGCAGAGUGCUGGGAGGAAGCCAGCCAGGGCCAAGAACUCCCUUCUCCUUCACCGACUUCACCACUGCACACCCUGCCUUUCUCUGUGCUGAGCAGGAUGGCCUUGUGACCCUCAAAGGGGACAGGGGAGGGGUGGUGGUGCCUGGCUGGCCCACUCUAAGGGACUGCGUCCCAGGAGAAGGGAUUAAGGUAGCCAGACUCAGGCUGAGAUACUCUCUUUGAUCCUGCAGUUCCCUCACAAGGAUAGGCGGGAAGGAAAAUAAAAUGGAUGGCUUCAUGAUGUCCGUUGCUGGGCCUCAUGCUCCCUUCGUGGGGCAUCUCCUGCCAUUUUGAUUUCGUUUCAUUUUGAUUUAAAAGCAGAGCCCUGUCCGAUAUGUCCCCUGGGAGAGGCCCUCCCCACUCCCCACCCCCAAGCAGAGAGGAGCAGAGGUUUCGGUGCUGAUGGAGACAACACCUUGGGUGUGGUCUAUAACCUACCGACUUGUGUGGCCCACUGCUGUGGGGCUACCCAUCCCUGGGAGGGUCAAGCCAGAGCCAACCCUCCUGAUUCAGCUCAGUUUUCCUUGUUAGCAUGUCUUCCCAAUUGUUCCUUUCUGAGCCCCCACCCCAACUCGACAGGCUCCUUUCCUUUCCUUAGCAAGAGGCCCGAAGGCUCGGGGCUCUCCAGACACCCAAAUGGUUUGUGUCAAGGGACUCUCAACCGUGGGAGCCACUUGUCCAACGCUGGCUCUCUACCUCGUGUCCUGCUCCUCCUCUGAGGUCUGAGACCCCGGGGUCUGCACUUGUUGCCCUGGCGAUGUGUUGGGGCUCAGCGGGCAGACAGAAACAGGUGACAUGGGCUGGUGAGCAGGAUGGGCCCUCUGUUCUAUGCCCAGAGCAGUGACGGGAUGACUUCUCCCUUCUCCACGGGCCACAGGAGCAUCCUCCAGGCUUUGGUCCGGACUCCACAUUCACCCUGAGAGUUUGUGACGUUUAGCUGUCUCAGAGAGCCAGACAGUUCCUUUCACUUCCCACACAAGAAUGACUUCUCCUUCACUGCUUAAGGCUGGGGAAUGAGUGUCCUAACGUCCAUCAGCAUCAAGUCCACAGGCAGCCACCAGCGCAGCGUGUGUGGCUCAGGCCACCUCCAGCCCCCCCCCCCCAUCUGUCCAGUGUUAUCACGUUCUCGCUCCCCGCCGCCCCAGGGUGAAACAGCUUUUUAAAAUAGCCUUAAGCAAAAGGAUGUCGUGUCAUUAAAUUUUGGUUUAGUGGAAAGGAUAAAAGUGGAAGAGAAACCACGCCCAAAGCUCAAGAGCCCGGGAACAGUGUAAUCAGUAUGCAGCCAACUCCAGUAGAGAGAAGAAAAUCACUAUUGCACAUGUAAAAUAUGAACCCUUAACCCUGCGGUGCAGUGCGCGAGCCUGUAAGCUUUUUUUUUCUUUUUUCUUUUUUUUUUUUUUUUGACUCUUCUGAAAUGCUUGGUUGGAAGACAGUGACUAUAGCUCAUGAAACUGAGUGGUAUUUUUCUUUCUUUUUUUAAAAAAAAAAUAUGUAAAGUUGAGUCUUCCGUAUUCACGCAUAACUGUAUAUACGUGUAUAUGUUUUGCUGAACGGCUUAAAGAACAAUAAAUACGACGUUAAUGGUG